AUGGCAUCCAGCCAGCCGAGCAAUCGCCUCGCGGACGGCUCCAUCGUGCUCGUCACUCAGGACAGCGAGCAGCUCACCACAGUCGAUCUCUCCGGCCUGCCAAGCCCCGAAGCCGUCAGAGAACGACUGCUGUCCAGGCUCAGGAUAGAGGACGACGACUAUGAGCAGUGCACGAUCCACAAGGCACGCAUCGGACAGUCCGCUGAUCCGACUGCCAUGUCAUCAGCUCAGCUUUGGUCCAUCUGUCUCGAGUCUGCAAACGCACCGGCCCCGCCGCUCUUCAUGGUCAAGAGCUUGCAGGCCUUUGGCUACGAGACCUCCUCCAUCUCUGCCGCCUACAACAGAGCCGUCUCCGUGUCAACAGCCGCAAACAAGCCUGCGCCCAACGAACGGCGCAUCCAGCCAACUGCAGCCAUGUCUGCCUCUGGCGACCGCAUGACUUCCAACUCGGCUAACAACGAGCGCACGAGUCGCAAACCGCCUGCCCUGUCUGAUCAGUUACUCGAGAACUUCUUUCUCCAACCAAAUCCGGCCCGCGAAGAUGAACAGCACUCUGCCGCACGCAGCGCACCCAUGCACUCCUACGGCUCUUCCUCGUCCGCACGUCAGCCUCAGCAGCAAGCUGGGCCCUCUCGGGGGCGCACGAGCGACGGCCAGCAGCUACCCACCUCGACCUCGCCCAGCAUGCCCUCGCCCUUGCUCGAGACCGACAGACGAUCGUCCGCGAGCUCGGCAAGAAGCGAACGCGAGCGCCGUAACGUGCCACCUGCCGUCCCAGACGAGCGCCUGCGUCAGUAUGCUUACGAUCAAAGUCGCCAGGAGCAGUACACCAGGAGGACCUCUGGCGGUCGCUCAACCGACCUGACGCGCGACGAUAUUCUUGCCGCCCACAGUCAGCAGUAUGAUCACGAUCCUCGUAUGCGACCAGCCCAGACACGCAAAGUACCGCCAGCUCCUGCGCCUCGCAACCAGCACGAUGAAGAAGGACCGCAUUGGUCUGGCUUACGGCUGCAAACACCCACUGGUCAUGAACCGGACCAGUAUCAUCGCGGGAACUCGAGACAGGGCGUUCCGUUUGCACCGAGCCAUAGCGUACCGCCGCCAUCCUCGAGAGAUCGAAGGUAUGAUACGGCUCCCUUGCAAGCUCGCGCAGGGCCGCCCCGUCAGCAAGCCAUGGAGCAUAGCUACAGCCAAGACCAAUAUCGCGGUUUGCCCCCGCCUGUCGGUCCGCGACAGCGCAAUGAGUACUAUCCUCAGGUAGGCAUGAGCUCCAUCGAUCUUGGGCGCAGAAAUGUGCCUGGCCAGCCAUUCAUAGCUCAGCAAUCACCGGCAAGAACCAAACGGAUUGAUCUGCACGACCAACUCCCACUGAAACCAGGCGAGACGCUCCAGCAUGCGUUGCGAGAGUCCAAACAGCAACAGAAGAGCGCCAACGCUCUUCGGUCUGGGUCUGGCGCGCCCUACACUGGUCCCCCAAGAAAUCAGUACAUGGUUCAGCCAGAUCGCAGCACGCCUUUGUCCAGCGAGCAGCACCCUCGUGACGAUCUGGAUCUGUCCUUCGUCAGUCCGAGGCGUCAUCUUGUCCCCACCGAGACGAGUCCGAACGAAGCUCGCGACGAGGCUCGCGAGCGCAGGCGGCAGGACAUCAUGAGCCAUCCAAAGGUGCUACAGGCGGGCAGAGGUGCGGGAAGUCCCAGUAUGGCUAUGCGGUCAAGCCCAGUGACGACUUCAAGUCUAUCCUCUGGAUCAUCUCCGCCCUCGCAGCCAGCUCAGUAUGUCCACGACCUCUCAAGCGACACCGACGCCGAGCGGCCGAUCAGUCUGUACUCUGCAGGCACUCGGUCGACUACUUCUGAGCCCCUCACACCAGCGAAUGAGCACUCCCUGCCGUCUGCGCCUCCGACCGAGUUGCGCUUGCCUUCGCCGACCGCGCCGGAUCUAUGGGAAGAUGACUUUGCGGACGGUGAUACCGCGACAUGGAAGCCGACAACGAGCGACCUGUCAGCAGAGGCCGAUAACGAGGGAGGCACCGUACGGCUCGGCGGUCGGAAUGACUACAAAGCAGGAACAGCGCGACAGGAGUCGCCUGCCCAAGCAAGAGCAGAACACCGCUCGCCGCAGCUGGCAAACAGUAGCCCAGCUCUCAGUGGGCCAUCACGAACGGAUCUGAGUGAUGAUGAUGACAUCGAUGCCGAGGCAGCCACUUGGGGCAUGCCGAUGAUCGCAAGCAGCAGUCUCUCCAGCAGCGCGACAUCCGCGCAGCCCGAUGAGAGCGAGACUGGCUCAGAGAAACGCCGACCACAACUCUCACGACUCCAGAUCGUCCCUUCAGCAGCUCAUGCGGGAGCAAGUCAGCUCAGUGGUACACAUCCACCUCUUUCGCAGACGUCUGAUAGGAAUCAAGGCUUGCCUAGCGGUCCAGCUGAUUCUGUUCGAAACAACACUCGUCUGCGUGCUUUACGUACAAGCUCACCUAUCGCCCGCCGAAACUCGUUCGCUCGACCGGACGACUGGGCUCACCGACCUGCGGUCACUCAAAUUCUCGAUAACAUCGAGGAUUACUUCCCAGAGCACGACGUCGAUAAACCGAUCGUUGACAGCGCAGCGGGUGCAGGCGAAUCGCCUCGCUCAUCGAGCUCGGCACAAGGCGAGCUACCUAUCAGAUCGCUGCCACCCGGCAUCGGCAUCCGGUCGAAGAAGUCUAUCCGGGUCGUGGCUCAGGAUCGUCGCAGGGUGCUACAGCGUGGGCGAGGCUCCAAGCCUGGCCUGACAGCUGCUCAAGAUGUCAACGCGAAUCUCCUGCGACGCAAAAGUACUCGUUUGUGGGGCAACCGUGUUGAAGAAGUCACGCCCAGCCAGAUGGCAGCACUUGCUUCUUCGGCGGGAGCAGACAGCGAGAAUCCGGAGAAUUUCUCAUUCAAGUGGGUCAAGGGCGAUCUCAUUGGCAAAGGCUCCUUCGGUUCCGUCUAUCUUGCGCUCAAUGCCACCACGGGCGACAUGCUGGCUGUCAAGCAGGUCGCGCUGCCCAAAGCAUCUGAUGCAGAUGACGGACGACAAGCUUCCUCGAUACAAGCGCUGCGUUUCGAGAUUGAGACUCUCAAGGAUCUCGAUCAUCCUCACAUUGUCCAGUACCUCGGUUUCGAGGAAACGACAGACUUUAUCAGUAUUUUCCUGGAGUAUGUCCCGGGCGGAUCAGUCGGCCGCUGCCUGCGCAAGCACGGCAAGUUCGAAGAACCGGUGAUCGUCUCCUUCACAAUGCAGAUCCUGGAAGGGCUUACGUACCUUCACGACCGCGGCAUUCUCCAUCGAGACCUCAAGGCGGACAACAUCUUACUCGACCUUAAUGGAACAUGCAAGAUCACCGACUUUGGUAUCUCCAAGAAGAGCACUAGCGGAAUUUAUGACCCCGACGAGAACACGAUGAUGCAAGGCUCCAUCUUCUGGAUGGCGCCUGAGGUCGUGCAUAGCGCCAACAAGGGCUACAGUGCCAAAUGUGACACGUGGUCCCUUGGCUGCGUGACUUUGGAGAUGUUCUCGGGCAGACGGCCAUGGGACAGCGAGCAAGCGGUUGCUGCCAUGUUCAAACUCGGCGCCGAACGACUGGCGCCACCGAUUCCACGCGACGUCAAGUUGACGACAAUGUCGGCUCACUUCAUAUCGCAGUGCUUCAUCAUUAAUCCUGACCUGCGCCCGACUGCGCAAAAGCUUCUCGAUCACCGCUUCCUUGAGCUUCCUGCCGACUGGACGUUCGAGCAAUCGAGCCUGUACAAAUCCAUCCGAUCGAGAGCGAGAUAA